AUGGAUGUCAUCGGCUCUCAAUCACGUUCGAGGCCUUUCGAGGGUACCCUCUUUAAGAGCCGCGCAAAGCCGCAGCUACACAUGUCGCAAGUCGCGCAGAUUGACCUCGAGGAGCAGGAUGGAUAUAAUAACGAGGCCAAUAAGUUGUCCAUACACCUGCCCCAGGAUUCCGGACCUCCAGAAAGAUCACACACGCGAAAAUCACGUUCAAGAUCAUCAAAAACCUCCCAAAGAUACCAGCCUACUCCAUCCGAUUAUCUUUCCGAAUGCCUUCGGAGUGCAGGACAUGCCCUUGGGUCCGGCAAGAUCCCGGCACGAGCUGCGAUUAAUCUAGACUAUGUUCUUCCGAAAAAAAUAUUUCAAAAGUUUCCAAGCAAAGGACCACGUUUUGUACGACAAUCCCUCCAAACUACCCUUGGGGAGUACAUACGUUUAGUGGAACCAUUGUUGAAGAAUGAAGGUGAUAAGCCGAAUGCUUUAGAAGUUGCUCUUAGAAGCGUUUUUCGAGAAAGCAGUCACCGUUAUCUUUCAGCGCGAGGCUACGACGUCGAAGAUGUGGCUGCAUGGGCUUGGGUUUUGACAAGCAAGGAUUCUUACAAAGCAGCCUCUCGGAUCUUUGCACUUGAAGCCGAUGGUAGAACUCGGAUAGGAUGCGCGGAUGGGCCUAGGGUGCCGCCCUUCAUCACCUUAUUUCUGUUGAACGAGCGAUACUUAGAACCCCAUGUUCUUCGGUUGUUAUUGAUUCAUUCUUUACACCUCAUGAGCGGCGAACCGCUGCCGCCUAUCGAAAACUUGGAAAAUCUGGAAAUGAAUGCUCCGACGGACCGGCUAGUACCCAAAGUUGACGUGACUACGUGUGCGAUGCUGGUUGUUCGCUUGAUUCGACAUGCGCGGCAGGUCUGGCCGGAGGCGUUUCCCGUUAUUGCACGCGCGUUUGCCGCUUUUUUGACCAGACCCAAUUUGAAUGAGGCUGGCAAAUCAAACUCCGAAAUGGCCAAGAUCUAUCGUUUCAAGACCGAGAAAUUCAACGAGUGUCUUUGGGAGCUCUCGCUUCCCACGAAAAUCCACCCAUUCCGAUCGGCCUUCAUACAACAACAAGCACAGUUUGGGCUCCUUAGGGCCAUGGCUACUCACAAGCCUGUCCUUCCUGUAACACGCACAGGCUACCAAGCUGUAGUGGCAGUUCAGCUGGCUCACAAAAAGACAAUCGCUGAGCGCCAGUCUGCCGAUUUGAAGGCCCCGUCAUGGCCUCCAUGGAAAGAGGAAAAACUUGGCAUAGAUGCACAACGAGGUAAUGAGGGUCUUCAUAGUCGUGCGAUGAACGUGCUGUCCCAGAUGAAAGAAGCUGGUUACUCUCCUGGACUGUGGGAGGAGAUAUCCGCCAUUCUAGCUGGUUGGGACUCCGAUGGCAGUCCCACAGUGCAAACAAGAGCACUAGCCCUUCGCCGACCAUCUUUGGCAUUGGGAAUUCACGACGACCGUAACAGCCACCUGACAUGGGCUGCACGAAUCCGCGCUACUAGGACUGUGCGUGAAGCUUGGGCUUGCUUUCUCUCCUAUAAGGACCAUGGUCUAUCUCCCAAAGCGGCCGUUUAUGCUGCAAUGGCCGAGAAAUUGGUUUUUCGCCAAAAGGCAGCUCAUGGUGAUAUCGAUCUAGCUAGUCAUGCUUUACCCGGUGACGGGCGGGAGGUCUACCCUGAGCCGGCUUCCGCUCGGGACAUCAUCUAUGUGCGCACAGAACCCCCAACUCUGGAUGAUUUUCUGGAUGAAAUGAUAUCGCAAGGCUUCCGUCCUUCUGGAAGACUGCUCGCGCUCCUUCUUCAGUCAGCUCCAAGUUUCUCCUCGGGGUUAGCCUACUUGCAAUGUAGCAACCUCACUGAUGAUCAGAUCAUGGUGCUGUGUACUGUCUGGCGUCAACCGCCAGAAUACCAAGAAUCCCAUCUCAAGGCACUCGAGUCAUUGUCGGAUAUAAUAUUCGGCUCAUACAUCCAAUUUUUGUGUCGACAUUCGCGGACGACAGUCGCCACAUAUGCAAAGGAUAUUUUCAUGGCCGAGCGGCCAUCCCAGGCAGUGACGGAAGACCAGCCCCUUGCCAGUCUUUUAGAGUACCGGGAACAAGAGCGGCAAACAGGUCAUCCGAUGGCCCUUCGGCAUGCUAUCCAAUUGGUCAAGUCACGGCAGCCACCUUGCCGCUGGGCCUGGCAUAACCUCCUCUCUACCUUCUGUCGUGAUCCUAUUCAGGGGUACCAGCGAAAGUACGACAGAAAACUUGUCCGCAUAUUGGCAUGGUACGGGAUGCUUGAAGUGUUGAACUGGAUGCGGGCUCGCAAUAUUGUAAUUGGACCAGAUGAUUUCCAACCAUUAUGUGUGACAUUCCACAAAGCUGUUGAUGCUGGCAUUCAACAGCCUUCAAAGGUGGAGAAGGCAUUGAAGCUCUAUCAAAUCACUACGAAUUCCUCAGAAAUUGAGAGCCGAGAUGCCUUUGACAUCCUGAUUGCAGAUGGUCUGUCACUCCUGAAGACGCAUUUUGAUCAGCUGGUUCUUUCUUCAACGAAAACAUCCCGUGUAGCAGAGAGAGGCAUUUUUGGAACAAAUAACAAGACCAAGUCUUCGCUUGGCAUGCCGGGGCUUCUUCACGUUCCAUCUUACGCGACGCUGCAUAGUUUUGUGCGGGCCAUGGGAAUCGUGGGAGACGAUGAUGGCCUGUUACAUCUACUGCGGUGGAUGAGUCAAACAGCUGAUUUGCUGAACGAGCUUGCCGAGGAGCGUCUUAAUGGGGAGCGAAUGAUGCGACAGACCCUGGUGGCGAUCCGGUUGUACCUGGAGAAGCUACACCCCCAAUCCAUUAAUGGAGACCGGAUAGCAUCGGACUGUAAAGUGCAAGAGGCAUACGACAUUGUCAGCCGGACGCUGGGCUGGGAGUGGCCCAGUGAUGUGGAGAUUGAGGAAUACCUAUUGUAUAAUACUUACCAUACUGUAACUACAUAG